AGCUGUUACUGAAAGCUAAACCAGGAACCAGGAAAUGCACAAGCCUCUUUAUGUAGAAAAACAGCUGGGCUCCCUCGGAGGCGGAGGUGAAGGAGCACCAUGGGAAACCAGCUCUGCUGCGGGGGACGCUGGAGCUGCCCAUCAACUUCCCAGAGGAAAAAGAAAAUGGGAAGCCAAGCAAGACCGACACUGAAGCAGCAGCAGAAGCAGCAGCAACAGCAGCAGCAGCAGCAGCAGCAGCAGCAGAAUGGCACCAAGGCCCCUGACACAACAGGACAUACGUAUGAGCAGGUGUUACAGAAGCCUGCGUCUCGGGAGAGGAGUGGAGGCCUCCGGUCCAAGGAGAGCAGCUUACAUUAUGCAGACAUUCAAGUGUACAGCUGUACCGAGCCACGCUCCGCUCUGGAGGUGAAGCAUCUGCAGUUAGAAAAUGCUACAGAGUAUGCAACCCUUCGCUUCCCCCAGGCCACACCCCGCUAUGACAGCAAGAAAGGCACCCUGGUGUGAACCUGGCGGAGGAUGGACCUGUUUUGUCAUUUCACCGCCACUCACGUGGGGAGAGGCUGCUUUGGGGAAUUUGCUGGCUGCCCAGAGAUGGCUGCCAUCUUUUAAACUUAAAGAACUCCAGAACCCCAGUGAGUGCCCCCAGUCUUGCUCUCUCCCCUAGGCCUGCCUUCAGUUUGCCACUGUGAACUUGGAGUUGUAUUUGGGUUGGCUUGGGGCGGGGCGGGGGGACGGGGAAUGGAGUUUCACAAAAGGAGGGGCUGAGGGGAGCGUGCAGGAAGUUUAACCCCUACCUUUGCUUUUGCUUUCAAGAAAAGUGCAGGAAGAACGGGUUACCCCAGCACUUAAACUGAUUUUGUUGGGCUUAAUUUAAUGGUGUCUCUUUUAUACACCUUAUAUUCAAAACCGAAGAAAUGCCCUGAUAAAGCAUUCCGAGUUCUCACACACAGUCCCCAGGGCUGGCUUGGGCAAUUCCCUCAAUGGUUGGGUCAAAGGUCCCAGAACCUAAAAAGACAAACGAGGGCAGGGGUGAGGCGUGGAGGAAGCGAUUCCCCGACCACCGGUUGCCUGUAUUUCAAGUCACUGACAGCACUGCAUGGCCCAGAAGCUCCCCCUGGCUGCACUGUUGGCUCUCAGGCGCAGAGUCGCUAGGAUCAAUAAAUCGCAUAAGGAACAUG